GUGCUGAUAAGUGCUGCUACUCGCCCUCCUGCAGGCCAGAUUCUUAACAAGAAGAAAAACAGGGACUGUUCCUGACCCUUGCUAGUCCCUUCCCCCACCACCAACACGAUGGACAACGGGACCGCCUCUCUGGCCUCGCAGUCGCUUUCUGACGCCGCAAGAGCUCUCCUCGAUGCUGCCCCGCGACAAUGGCUGCCUUACACUCUGGGUUUGCUGGUAGGCUAUCCUCUUCUCACGACGGCCCUGCGAUACCAGCGAGUACGGAGUAUGUACAAAAAGUACCCGUAUGCCACUCGGGAAGAUAUGGCCAAGAUGACCGAUGACCAUGCAUACGAGAUCCAGAAAGCUGUAGCACAGCUCGAGUUCCCGUUUAUGUUUAUCAAGGCGCUACAAUUUGCUUUGUUCAGGACCUACGGCAUCCCAACAAUCUCCCACCUCCUAACCAAAACCAGCCAAUUCUCCAGCCCAGAAACCUCUCUCAAGCGCUACACAGACACAAGCGCCCUCGUCCAAGAAAUGGUCGGCAACAACCCCACCUCCCAGCGCGCCUUCAUCUCCUUCGCCCGCACGCGCUUCCUGCACUCCGGAUACCGGGCCUCAGGCAAAAUCCUCGACGACGACAUGCUCUACACACUCGCCCUCUUCGCCCUGCAACCAAUCAACUUCAUCAACCGCUUCGAAUGGCGCCAGCUUAGUGAUCUUGAGCGCUGCGCGAUAGGCACCUUCUGGAAGAGCGCGGGUGAUGCGCUGGGUAUUACUUAUGAGAAGUUACCGUCUGGUAGCUCGGGGUUUAAGGAUGGGAUUCAGUGGCUUGAGGAGAUUGAGGCGUGGAGUGAGGAGUAUGAGCGGAAGUGUAUGGUGCCUGAUAAGACGAAUCGGGAGACGGCUGAUCAGACUACGGCUAUUUUGUUGUACAUGUUGCCGAAGGCGUUGCAUCCGGUUGGAUUGCAGUUUGUUUCGUUUAUGAUGGAUGAUCGGUUGAGGAAGGCCAUGCUCUACGACGCACCUUCUUCCAUCGCGAUUGUCGUCUUCACCAGUCUCCUCACCAUCCGCAAGCUAUUCCUGCGGUAUCUCGCUCUCCCCAGGCCGUAUUUCAUGCGCUCUAUUUCUCACACCGACAAGCCCGAUGAGAAUGAUCGGUUCUUCCUUACCCAGUGGGAGGCGGCGCCUUACUAUGUCAAGCCGACCUUCUGGAAUCGCUGGGGUCCUACUGCAUUGCUCACCCGGGUUCUCGGACGGCCGGUGCCUGGUGACGAGGGUGAUAAAUAUUAUCCUCAUGGGUAUAGUAUUCAAGACGUUGGACCUAAGUAUUUCGAGGGUAAGGGGCGGAAAGCAAUUGAUGAAGCUAUGGAGGAGUUUAAGGGAUAUCGGACUGGGAAGUGCCCGUUCCAUUGAGGCUUUUUGGGGCCUGUGAGAUAAUUCGACAAUCUUGGGUGAGGUGAGAUAGACGAGGACUUUGUUUAGCUCGUUGACUGGACUACUAUAUGGCGGAAACGACGUUAAAUCUACAGUCUAGAUAAAGAUUCAGACACGCAAGGAACA